AGUGACGAGCGCGGCCCGGGAGCUGCGGACGCGGAGGCCGACCGAGCCGGAGUCGCGGACGUCGCGGGGUCUCCGGGACAGGAACCCCUAGUGCUGCUUCCAGAUUCUGUGGUGGUUGCUGGGAUCCUAGCCACAGCUGGUGAAAUGGCAGCCACCCUGGAUCUGAAAUCAAAGGAGGAGAAGGAUGCUGAGCUGGACAAGAGGAUUGAGGCUCUUCGGAGGAAGAAUGAGGCCCUCAUCCGGCGCUACCAGGAGAUUGAGGAGGACCGUAAAAAAGCUGAACUCGAGGGUGUAGCAGUGACAGCCCCUCGGAAGGGCCGCUCAGUGGAGAAGGAGAAUGUGGCGGUUGAGGUGGAGAAGAGCUUGGGUCCCUCACGGAGGUCUCCUGGGACCCCUCGGCCCCCAGGGGUCAGCAGGGGCGGGCGGCCCCCUCCCCAGCAGGGAGGCCGGGCAGGCUUAGGCCGGACAUCCCGCAACUGGGAGGACAGUCCUGGGGAGCCGCCUCGAGGAGGAGCUGGGGGCCGGGGCCGAAGGGGCCGGGGCCGGGGGUCUCCUCAUCUCCCAGGAGCCGGAGACACCUCUACCUCAGACCGCAAAUCCAAGGAGUGGGAGGAGCGGCGGAGACAGAACAUUGAGAAGAUGAACGAGGAGAUGGAGAAGAUUGCCGAGUAUGAGCGCAACCAGCGGGAAGGGGUGCUGGAGCCCAACCCAGUGCGGAACUUCCUGGAUGACCCCCGGCGACGCAGCGGGCCCCUGGAGGAGCCAGAGCGGGACCGCCGGGAGGGUAGCCGUCGACAUGGGCGCAACUGGGGGGGCCCUGACUUUGAGAAGGUGCGCUGUGGCUUGGAGCACGAGCGGCAGGGCCGCCGGGCUGGCCCAGGCUGUGCUGGCGACAUGACGCUGUCCAUGACGGGCCGGGAGCGGUCAGAGUACCUGCGCUGGAAACAGGAGAGGGAGAAGAUUGACCAGGAGCGACUACAGCGACACCGCAAGCCCACGGGCCAGUGGCGGCGGGAGUGGGAUGCUGAGAAGACCGAUGGCAUGUUCAAGGAUGGCCCAACCCCUGCCCAUGAACUGUCCCACCGCUAUGAUGAACAGACCUGGGCCCGGCCUCCCAAACCCCCCACUUUUGGGGAGUUCCUGUCACAGCGUAAAGCUGAGGUCAGCAGCCGCAGAAGGAGAAAGAGCAGCCGACCCCAGGCCAAGGCAGUGCCCCGAGCCUACAGUGACCAUGAUGACCGCUGGGAGACAAAAGAGGAGGCAGUGUCCCCAGCCCCUGAGGCCCCACAGCCCCCGUCCCAGGAGGAGACACCUGUGCAGCCUCCGGAGCCACCUGCUCCUGCCCACCGGCCUCCUGAGGAUGAGGGGGAGGAUGAGGAAGAUGAAGAAUGGGAGGAUGUGAGUGAGGAUGUGACUGAGGACGAGGAGGAGGAGGAGGAAAUUGAGGACGAGGGCACUGAGGAGCAGGAGGAAGAGCCAGCCCAUGAGCACCAACCCCAAGAGGCCGAGCCCUCCGGUGGUGCCCCCGGCGAGCAGGCCGAGCAGGCGGAGGAGGCAGCACCUUCCAGGGCUGAGGAUCCACUUCCCCAGGCGCCUGCCACGCCUUCCACCCCCUUCUCACCACCUGGUGGCCACCAGCCUGUGUCAGAUUGGGGUGAGGAGAUGGAGCAGAAUUCUCCCCGGACCACCCACCCGGCUGGUGCCCUCUCUCCGGGAGGUGACCAGCCGGCCUCUGCCUCCCUGGAGAGUGGGCACAGUCUCCCCGGAGCCCAGAAAGCUGAAGAGGAGGGGUCUGAGGCAACACCAGAGGUGGGCCCCGAGGGCCAGGAGACGGCGGAGAUCACGGACUUCCAGAGGGCCUCCCUGAAUUCCUGAAGACGCUGCUGGGAGGGGACUGAAGCUUCCCCGCCUUGAUGGGGAGGGGGCGGCAGGAGGGGUUCUAUCUGGAUCUCCGGGCUGGGUUCUCUCCUCGGAGCCCCUUGGGACCCCACGGCUGUAGGGCGAGAAGGGAACUGAGGGUGGUGGCGGAGUUGCUGGGGGAGGGAGCGACCGGGUGAGGGUGAGGUUAGCCUCAGAACACCUGAAAGGGCAGUAGGUGGCCGCUGUCUAGGGGCAGGUGGGGGUGCCAGGCAGGGCCCCGCGUCUGGAGGAGUUCGGGUGUGUGCGGGGUGAGCA